UGAGCAGUAAAUAAUAUGUACCGUAAUAUUUUCCUCUGUAUGAACAAUUCAUAAGAGGGUUGUCAGCAAGGAGGUCUGUAAUAGGUUGUUGGGGUCAUUUGCCCCGCCCACAACACUACGGGAGGUCACAGUUUGUCCUGUCACAGCGCCUGUCCCAGAAAUGCCAUCCUGCCUGGAGGAAGCAACAACAACAAUUGUUCGCCCAAAGUACUUUAUAUUUUGAAAACAGGUUGUCAAAGGACAACAUCUAGUCCUUGGUAACGAGACGGUUAGUAGUUAUGGCUGUCGCGGAACUGGUGGCAAAAUGCUUGCAGGCACGGGAAAUGGCUUACUGUCCGUACAGUGGAUUUCCAGUCGGUGCGGCCAUUUUGACGACAGGGGGCGCCAUUGUCACUGGCUGUAAUGUUGAGAAUGCCUCUUAUGGCCUUACCGUAUGUGCGGAGAGAACUGCGAUACAGAGAGCGGUCGCAGAAGGCUACAGAAGAUUUACAGCCAUAGCUGUCACAUGUGAUAUCAAAGAUAGUUUUGUAGGACCAUGCGGUGCUUGCCGACAGGUAUUAAUGGAGUUUGGCACAGAAUGGGACGUUUACCUCACUAAGCCAGACGGAAGCUAUAGGAAAACCAGUCUCAGAGAUCUCUUGCCUUUAGCUUUCACACCGGCUCACCUGCAAAAGAACUAAGUGCAAUAACUUUUUUGGGUUUUGAUGUGUUGGGAAUUGAUUUGCUCUUUGAUCUAAAAUGUGAAGAUUAUGAAUUUCCAUGUAAUAUAUGCUUGAGGAGUUUGCCUAUUAGCUAUAACUGGCCUGUGUUGAUGUUUAAGGCCCAAAAGUGAAAAUUCUCUCAUUGUUUACUCACCCUUUGUUUCUGUUAUAUGCCUGGGGGUGUUACUUUGUUGUUCCCUCCACCCCUUUCUGUUUUAUUUGCUGUCUGCUAUACUUUUUAAAAUCUUAAGUUAUCCUUCUCAAACUUUACUGUGUUUCUUUCUUCUGCAGAACACAAAAGAAGAUAUUUUGAAGAAAGCUGUAAACCUGUAACCACUGAUUUGCAUUGUAUUUCUUUUUAUGCAAGUCAAAGUUUACAAGUUUUCAGCAUACUUCUAAAUAUCUUACUUUGUUUUAACAGAAGAAUGAAACUCAUAGAGGUGUGGAACCACCUGAGAGGGAGUAAAUUGAAAUUUUUAGGUAAAUCAUGCCAAUUUAAGGUCCCCAUAAACCAGCAACUGCGACCGUUAUUUCUACUGUGAUGCAGUUCUUAGAGAAACUGACACAACAGUGGGUGUGGCUUGUUUUUUUUCUACUGAGAGUUGAAUGGAUGCAGUAAAAUAGGCAUUUCAUUUACAAAGAUGGGAGAAAAGGUUUGGGGAGUGUUAUUACAACAUAACCGACACCUCCUGCUCACCAACCAUGGCUAACAUACUUUACCACACCCCCAACUGUCAAAAUGGACAGUUGGGGGUGUGGUAAAGUAUGUUAGCCACGCCCAUUUCCUAAGAUAUACGUCAUGACAAAUUAAAUGAAAAAAACAGGAGUGCAUUUUCAGAUUUCAAUUAAAGAUUAUAAGGGCAAAAAGUUUUCUCUUUACAUAAUGACAUGCACAGAUGAAUUGUUCACUGCAAAACUUUCAAUGUGAGCUAACAAAAUUAUGGUGAGUUUUGAUUUCUUGAGGACUUUAAGGCCGUUCCUGUCACAACAUCAACACUAGAGAGCACUGCACACCCUGAAAUGUUCUCAAGCUUGUGUUCAAAUCCAGUCCAAGAUAAUGGCCAGUCAUUCCUAGGUGGGUUUUGUUGAAAAUCAGCUACAUAGACAAAAUACAUAGAAGGUAAAGGUUAUUUAAACCUGUAGACUUAUGCUUUGUUUUUCUCUAAAAUAUUACAAAACAAAUGCUUUUGUUAUUUUGUUUUAAGAUUGUCUAAACCAGGGGUGUCCAAACCAAAGAGCUUAGAAUCACGAUCAUGAAUCUAUGCUCUUUGUCCAAGCUCAGUCCUGGAGGGCUGAUGUCCUGCAUAGUUUAGCCCCAACUUCCUUCAACACAUCUUGUUGGAAGUUUCUAGUAUACCUAGAAAGGGCUUGAAUAGCUGGUUCAGGUGUGUUUAAUUGUGGUUGGAACCAAAAUUAGCAGGACACCUGCCCUCCUAGACCGUUUUUGGACACCCCUGGUCUAAACCUUCUGUGACUUGUUUACUUCAGAAUCAGAAAGAGCUUUAAUUAUCAGGUAUUUUUAAGUAAUUACACAUACGAGUAAUAUGUUUUCGUGACAGAGCUUCUACAGUGCAACAGAAUGACAGAGACAGGACAAAAACAUAUAAUCAAUAUAUUUAAAAAAUAGAAGUAGUGAAUGCAAAUAUACAAAUUGACAAGUGUAUGCACAGGUAUAUCACUAUAUACAAUGUUAUAUGUGCAGCUAUAUGCAAAUUGGGAUGUAAAGUAUGUUGUUAAAUAAAUAAGUGUAUAUGUGUAUAGCAAGUAGUGAUGUUUGUUUCACAAUUACUAUCAUAAGGUGUUCAUGAGAUGGAUUGCCUGAGGGAAGAAACUGUUUCUGUGUUGGGCUGCUCUGUAGCGUCGACCAGAAGGUAAAAUUUCAAAGAGGCAGUGUGCUGGGUGUGAGGGGUCCAGAGUGAUUUUGGCAGCCCUUCUGCUCGCUCUGAAUAAGUACAGGAGGGUAGGGAGGGUUGUACCAGUGAUUGCUCAGUAGUCCGAACUAUUUGACGUAAUCUUCGGAGGUCAGACAGUUAUUGAAGUGCAGAGGACUGAUUCAAUGAUGGAAGUGUAGAACGGUUUCAGCAGCUCAUUUGGAAGCUUAAACUUCCUCAGCAGACGAAGUAUGUACUUAGAGAUUGCAUAACAAUAGAUUAAAACUGUUGAAUUUUUGACACAAAAAAAUAACGUGAUGCAUUAAUAUUGUUCAGAGAUGUGU